AUGUUUAGAUAUGAUAAAAAUUUAACCCAUAUCCUGCCAAACCUUGAUCUUGAUGAGGCUAAAAUUGUUCCUGUUACCCAAGACAAGACCACUCUUUAUGUGAAUGAUGGUAUAAAACAAUAUUGGAGCCCGAAAGAUGAAUAUGGCCUACAGAGAAAAUCACAAGGCUCCAGUAUUCAUAUUAGUGAUUUUGUCUGUGAAACUAUUAGACGUCUCAAACUUUCAGACUAUGAAAUUGCUAUAAAUGACUUACUUUCUGAUUCCAUAUGUCUCAAAUAUACCAAAGCAGAUGGUACAAAAAAACCACUUCUUCAUGCUGGUAAAUAUCACGAUAGUUCCAAGCAUAUAAUAAUCUAUAGAGACAGUAAUAGUGUAUUAAAGCCUAAAGGAAUUAAACGAGUUCUUGAAGAAAAAGGUUUAUGGAUACCAGGCUUUAUAAAAAAGUCCCAAUCUGACUUUGCAUCUCAAAGAUCAUGCUUACGAAAGAUAAAUAAGAUUCGCCGCUUUACUCGCUAUUCUGAAUGCUUUAUGAGUACUUAUGAAUUUGGGCUUUCUGGAAAGGCUGUUGACUAUGUGGUAAAGAAGUAUCGUUCUCAUCAUCGAAUUCCAGAACAAGUUCUUGAAGAAUUCGCUCGAGAUUAA